CAUAAAUAUUUCCUCUUUUGGGAAAGUCAUAAAAAAAAAAAAGCUCUGUUUUAGAGAAAACAGAUAGCAAGAAGAGAGACAGGCAUACAGAGGGGAGGAGGUGAGACAGCUGAGUAAAGAGUUAGUGUAAGGACAGAAAUGUGACUGGAGCAAAUGAAGAGCGCAGGGAAAACAUCUCCUCACUCUGCAACACUCCAGCUGCUUGUCAACUCUUCUCCUGCCAUGGUGUCAUCAUCUGAGACGCUGUUCUAAGGGCCAAACAAAAAGAGAGGAGAGGAGAGACAGACGGAGGAAGGAGAAAAGAAGUAAACCUUGGCUGAAGUGAGGAAACAGCAACUGCGUGGGUGAGCAGAGGCGAAGAGACACAGACGAAAGGUGGGGGAGUGGAGGAGUGAGGCGCCCCAUUCCUUCAAGCAAAGUGAGAGGGGAAACUGGGGAGGAGAAGAAGAAGAAGACGAAGAGAGGAGUGAUAACGAGAAGGGGAAGGAGGGAGAAGAGUCAGCUGGACAUGGGGCUUUGUGCUGUUCUCCUUAUCUGUCUCUCCCAGGCUGAGCUAGGCAGAGUCUGGGCUCAAGAGCAUGAAGAUGCACGGAGUGGGACUGCUUUGCGGACAGCAGGAGAUCCGUCCAGUUUUCACAGAACCAGGAGAGACCAGCAGACCCCACACAAACACAGAGAAGAGCGCAACACACAGGCUGAAGGAGGAGGGGGGGUUGAUAUCAGUCCUCUGCCUGACAACAUGACUCGCAUAGUGGAGGACUCCCAGAGGUACUACAGAUGGCAGAGUUUUGGUCCAACAGACAGACAGACUGCAAACUUGUGGGUAGACAUGAACAACCAGCACAAGAGCCAAGUCAGAAUCCACGGCAUACUCUCCAACACACACCGGCAGGCAGCGAGGGUGGCGCUCUCCUUUGAUUUCCCUUUCUAUGGCCACGACUUGAGACAAAUUAUUAUAGCAACUGGAGGGUUCAUCUACAUGGGUGAAAUAACUCACCGAAUGCUAACCGCCACCCAGUACAUUGCUCCUCUCAUGGCCAACUUUGACCCCAGCUUUUCCAAAAAUUCAACAGUGAAGUAUUCAGACAAUGGUAAUCUAUUUGUGGUGCAGUGGGACAAAGUGCGGUUAAAGGACCGAGAGGCCGCAGGGCCUUUUACUUUCCAGGCAGUGCUCCACAAAAAUGGAACAAUUGUUUUCAACUACAGAGACAUCCCUUUACCAGUGGAGGAAAUAAAUUCCACUGAACAUCCACUGAAAGUUGGACUGUCUGACGCUUUCAUGGGAUACCUCCCUGCAUCGCAGCUGUCAGCAGAUACAAAGCAGCGUACUAUCUAUGAAUAUCAUCGAGUUGAGAUUGACACCACAAAGAUUGUGAGUGGAUCAGCUUUUGAGUUCACACCUCUGCCCACGUGUCUUCAGCACACAUCCUGUGAUCUCUGCCUAACAUCCAACUUGACAACCAGCUGUGGCUGGUGCAACACGCUUCAACGAUGUUCUGAUGGCAUAGACCGACACAGACAAGAGUGGCUGGACUACAACUGUCCCGAAGAGGCUAAAGGCACUUGUGAGGACUACAACACAGUUCUACCUGAAGCAUCUGUGAGCUCCUUUAACCACUCUUCUCCAGGUCCGACUCUUUCUUCAGCAGUGCUUGAAGAACAGCCUGUCACAAGGGAUAUACAGACGAACACUCCAAACAACGUGAUGACGGAGAACACAGCCAUCAUCGCAGGCGUCGUGGCUGCACUAGUUCUGCUUGUAGCUCUCACUUUACUGGCUGUUUACUACAUCAACACACACCCCACAGUUGCUCCACCGUUCUACCUCAUGCAGCGACGCACCAAUAACUACUGGCCCUCCAUGAAGUUCCGCAAUCAGGGCUGUCACUCCAGUUAUGCUGAAGUCGAGCUCGGGGGCCACGAAAAGGAAGGUUUCAUUGAGGCCGAGCACUGCUGCUAAGGGUCUAGGACUUGCAGGAUUCAGUCAGCAGAAGAGAGGACACCAUCUUGAGGAAUGCAGCGGUACCACAGAAGGAUGAAUAUGGACAUUCAGGCCGACCAUCAACACAAGAUGUCCUUACUCCAACCUCUGAGGCUGGACAGUGUUUACUGUAACUGCUCUUGUAGCUCUUGCCAGCUUUCUCUGUGUCUUUUGCUGUUUGCCAUCACACAGGGGAUUAGCCAUAUUAUCUGAGGGUUGGAGGGUUUGAGAGGAAGAUGACUGUACAGAAACGAGGAGAUGCAAAUGUCCAAAACCCACCGAUGCAAGGGGCUGUCAGGGAAUGAAUUCAACUAGCCUUCAUACUGCAAACCAAUGUACCACUCAACUGUACUCUGUGUUUUUGUUUUUAACCAUUUAUGGAGUCACUUUUGUUUCAUGAAACUUCUACUCAAGCGUUCAUAAAAUGUUAUAUCUAUGUGGACUUCACUACAACAGAUAUUUAGCUUCAUAGCUGAUAGUGAUUAUAAUGAUCAUCUUGACCUUCUCUGGAGAAAUAACUGUUUGGAUGAAUUUUAGAGACAUGAAGUUAUGAGAGUUUUCUUUGAACCUUUAUGUUUAAGUGUCUUCUAAUA